ACAUCAUGAGCUGCAGCCAAUCAAGUUGAGGAGCACGCUAUAAAGCAAGAGCCCUUUCUCUCUUUUGGGGAAGCGGGGAGCGUAAAGUUGGACUCAGCUUGGCAAUAUUUGGCCCAAUUGGGUGAAUUGCUUUGUGGCGUUGCUCAUUUGCAGGACUAAGGUGCUCUAGAAGCAAGGAAAUCAUGGCGCUAAUGACGAUGCCCUAUCUCGGACCCGUGUCCGUGUCCGAGAGCUUGGUGGCCGGUAUCACGCUCUGUCUGGUCUACCUGGUGCUCAAGUCUUUCCGCGUGGUCGUUCCCGAGGGGCUCAAGCGUCUCCCCGGGCCCAGACCCUUGCCGGUCAUCGGGAACAUGCUGGAGAUGGGCAGCAGACCCUAUCUGAGUCUCACCGACAUGAGCAAACGCUACGGCCCCGUGUUCCAGAUCCAGAUCGGCAUGCGCCCCGUGGUGGUGCUGAGCGGCAGCGAAACGGUCCGGCAGGCUCUGGUCAAGCAAGGCGAGGACUUCUCGGGAAGGCCCGACCUGUACAGCUUCCGCUUCAUCAACGACGGCAAGAGUCUCUCCUUCAGCACGGACCAGGCCGGCGUCUGGCGGGCUCGCAGGAAGCUGGCCUACAGCGCCCUGCGCUCCUUCGCCACGCUGGAUGGCACCACGUCGGAGUACUCGUGCAUGCUGGAGGAGCACAUCUGCAAGGAGGGCGAGUAUCUGAUCAAACGGCUCGACAGCGUCAUGAAGGCCGACGGCGGCUUCGACCCCUUCCGCCACAUCGUGGUGUCGGUGGCCAACGUCAUCUGCGGCAUGUGCUUCGGCCGCCGCUACGACCACGACGACCAGGAGCUCGUCGGCCUGGUGUACCUCAGCAACGAGUUCGGCCAGGUGGUGGGCGGCGGCAACCCCGCCGACUUCAUCCCGGCACUCCAGUUCCUGCCCAGCGCCACCAUGAGGAAGUUUGUCAGCCUCAACAACCGAUUCAAUGAUUUUGUGCAGAAGAUCGUCAUGGACCACUACGCCACCUUUGACAAGGAGAACAUCAGGGACAUCACCGACUCCCUCAUCGAUCACUGCGAGGACAGGAAGCUGGACGAGAACUCCAACAUCCAAGUGUCGGACGGGAAGAUUGUAGGGAUCGUCAACGACCUCUUCGGAGCAGGCUUCGACACCGUCUCAACUGCGCUGUCCUGGGCCGUCAUGUACAUGGUGGCUUAUCCCGAGAUCCAGGAACGACUUCAUCAGGAACUUAAAAACAAAGUGGGACUUCACCGCAAUCCUCUUUUAUCCGACAAAAGCAGCCUGCCCCAGCUGGAGGCCUUCAUCCUGGAGAUCUUUCGGCACUCUUCAUUCCUGCCCUUCACCAUCCCCCACUGCACCACCAAGGACACAUCAUUGAAUGGCUUCUUCAUCCCCAAAGACACCUGUGUCUUCAUCAACCAGUGGCAGAUCAACCACGACCCCGAACUCUGGGAUGAGCCGUCGUCCUUCGACCCAGACCGCUUCCUGAGCGCCGACGGCACGGAGCUCAACAAGGUGGACGGCGAGAAGGUGAUGAUCUUCGGCCUGGGCAAGCGCCGCUGCAUCGGCCAGGUCAUCGCGCAACAGGAGGUCUUCCUCUUCCUGGCCAUGUUGGUGCAGAAGCUACGGUUCCACGCGGCGCCCGGGGAAGCCGUGGACAUGACUCCGGAGUACGGCCUCACCAUGAAGCACAAGCGCUGCCAAGUGAGGGCCGCCAUGCGACAAGGCGGCGAGCAGUGAAGAUGAAGUUUUCAGAGCGCGUGUGACGCCGGCAUAGGUCAGAGUCAGAAUGUAAGGCAAGGGACGCGGAAUUUAAACCUUUUCACGGUUUCGGGUCCCAGAGAGCUUCUGUGUUUUUGAAAGACUCCUUUGCUGCAUGUAGUUAGGCCACUGCCACCUGCAUCUUCUCCUCUGCCUCUGAAUGCAAUAGAUGGACUUUUUAUGUAUCCUAAACCCAAUUUAAUGUGGAUGUACAGUGGGGCAAAAAAGUAUUUAGUCAGCCACCGAUUGUGCAAGUUCUCCCACUUAAAAUGAUGACAGAGGUCUGUAAUUUUCCUCAUAGGUACACUUCAACUGUGAAAAAAAAAUCCAGGAAUUCACAUUGUAGGAAUUUUAAAUCAUUUAUUUGUAAAUUAUGGUGGAAAAUAAGUAUUUUGUCAGCCAUUCAAAGCUCUCACUGAUGGAAGGAGGUUUUGGCUCAAAAUCUCACAAUACAUGGCCCCAUUCAUUCUUUCCUUAACACGGAUCAAUCGUCCUGUCCCCUUAGCAGAAAAACAGCCCCAAAGCAUGAUGUUUUCACCCCCAUGCUUCACAGUAGGUGUGGUGUUCUUGGGAUGCAACUCAGUGCAAACACGACGAGUUGAGUUUAUACCAAAAAGUUCUAUUUUGGUUUCAUCUGACCACAUGACAUUCUCCCAAUCCUCUUCUGUAUCAUCCAUGUAUCCAUUUUGGUAUAAACUCAACUCGUCGAGUUUGGAGGAAGAAGAAUACUGAGUUGCAUCCCAAGAACACCACACCUACUGUGAAGCAUGGGGGUGGAAACAUCAUGCUUUGGGGCUGUUUUUCUGCUAAGGGGACAGGACGAUUGAUCCGUGUUAAGGAAAGAAUGAAUGGGGCCAUGUAUCGUGAGAUUUUGAGCCAAAACCUCCUUCCAUCAGUGAGAGCUUUGAAUGGUUGACCAAAUACUUAUUUUCCACCAUAAUUUACAAAUAAUUUUUUUUAAAUUCCUACAUUUUUUUUUCCACAUUCUUUCUCUCACAGUUGAAGUGUACCUAUGAUGAAAAUUACAGACCUCUGUCAUCAUUUUAAGUGGGAGAACUUGCACUAUCGGUGACUGACUAAAUACUUUUUUGCCCCACUGUAUGUGACACCGAAGCUAUAUUUCUAUCCCAAAAUGUGAUUUUUAUCCUGUAUCAAGCGGUUUGUAUUUUUUUUAAGUAAUUUGUGCCUGAUAUUUGUACACUGUUGAGGGGAAAUUGCUGCUGCGUCGGUGUGUGUGUGAGUGUUGGAUUUGCCUGAAUACCAAAAGAAUGAUUUUUGUUUAUUUGUAAUACAACUGUAAGCUAGACAAUUUUACAUUUCUAUUUGAAAUAAUGUUUCUAUGAUUGUAUGAGUAAGACAAACACAAUAAAAUAUGUAAAAGAA